UAAAUUCCAACAGGUGCAUCUCUACUGUGACUUGUCUAUGUUUAGUUAGUGUAGGAAAUGUAUUCAUUCGAUUUCAGUAAGUUCGUUUUAAUUUUUUCAUAGUAACUUGAUGUUUUUAUUUAAAAUUGUGAUCAGAAACGUAUUUGAAGUGAUAACCAAAGCUAUGUUAAUAGAUCGUGUUAAUUAAAUCUUUAAAACUGCUGUUAUUAAUUCAAUAAAGAGUGGAACAACCUUUAAUUAAAUACUCGUUGUGGCUAUAAACAAACAUCUGUAGAUGUGUGCUUGUGCUUACACUUGUUGCACCCACUUUCAAAAAUAUAGAGAAUCAGUUUACCUGUUUGUGAGAAAGUGAACUUAUCAUUAACAUGUCAUAGAAUUCAUUUUGUGACAAUUUACCGUUACGGCAGUCUAGUGAAUGUGAGAAAUGUGAUACGAUAUUGUUAUCGUGGAUGUUCGUUACGAUGCACCUGUCUGCACUACAUAACGUUGCAUUGAGCCAAGUGCAUAGCGUUUGUUAACAAUCCGCCUGACGGAUACUAAUUAAAAUCCAGUUAUUUGUUACGUAGAUAACUAUGGCGCAGGUAAAAAAAUACACGAAUCGACAAGUCAGUGAGGAGUCGGUCCCAAAAUGACUCAUACGAUGAUCGCUGGCAUUCCUGUAUUGUUUUGUUUUUAAAAGAUGCCAUACCGAUGAGUAAAUUGCGGAGGGAACGAACAACAAAAAGAAGCAUUUAUCUAUGAAGAUAAGGAAAACAAGCAGUGUUCUAUAGUUCGUUUGUACCUUUGCGAUUGGCGCGAACUUUUAGUUUUGUGAGUGAAAUUGAAGUGCUUUGUAUAAAAUGUGUUAAAGAACGUGUUGUUUUAAAACAUUUGCAAUGGCUCAGAGUUCUGUGGACUCGGAUAGACUUUCUUCAGCAGGGAUUUCAACCCACAGCUCAGGUACUGCAGGAACUGUUGGUGGUUCUGUAGUUGGAGUCAGGCCAGGAGAUGCAGUGCUUAAAAGAGAGGAUGAGGAUGAAUAUAACCUUGGACCACUGCCUCCAAUGUGGGAAAAGGCAUUCACACCAUCAGGAGAAGUUUAUUUUAUUGACCACAACACUGGUACAUCACACUGGUUGGACCCCAGAUUAGCAAGAGUCAGGAAACAUUCCCUCGGAGAAUGUGGAGAAGAUGAGUUGCCAUUUGGCUGGGAAAGAGUGACGGAUGAACGAUAUGGUUCUUAUUACGUAGACCACAUCAAUAGAAGAACGCAAUAUGAAAAUCCUGUGCUGCAGGCUAGAAGAUUGAGAGCGGAGAAAUUGUCAUCAGAGAAUGGGGGUACCGGCCAAUCUAACGGGCCCACGCCUACAGGAGAACUCCGGGGCGAGAGAUUCACUCUCACUCUUACUAAAGGCACUCAGGGUUUGGGCUUCACGCUGAUCGGUGCUGAAGGUACACCUGAAACAGAGGGCUACCUUCAGAUUCGCAGCAUCGUGCCCCAUAGCCCAGCUUGGAUUGAUGGAGCUCUUCGUCCGGGUGACGUGGUGGUUGGAGUAGGCAACCGAGGAGUGCGAGGUCUCUCCCACGCUCAUGUCGCGCAAAUUUUCCAGUCUAUUACACCUGGAACUGAAGUCACACUGCAUCUUGUUAGAGGUUACCCCUUGUCCUUUGACUCGGAAGACCCCAAUACUCGCGUUCUAAGUACGCUGGCGGUGGACGCGACCACCCCCGCCACCUCCGACGCCGUCGCCAUGCAACAGCUCACCAGAGCUCUGCGGACCAGAUUCAACCUGGAUUCACCCAACCACGAGUCCUCCAACCAGGGGAGGGAUAAAGUGGAUGGUCCAACCCCACACAGUCCAGGACAGAGACGGAUGAUGUCCCGGUCCUUUGACCUGGAUGAACUGACCAUACAUGAUGAUAAUCAGGAGUUGCCACGAUGUCCAUCCCUUGAUCAUGUACUGUCUUUGGCUGGCGAACAUCAAUCGCGAGCUGAUAACAUGAAUAACUCGUCCAACGAGCCGGGCAGGGAGCUCGUGCUGACGCUGCGCCGGGGGGCGGCCGGCUUCGGAUUCACUAUCGCCGACAGCGUACACGGACAGAAGGUUAAAAAGGUUUUGGACCGCAGUCGGUGUGCAGGUCUGCGGGAAGGUGACUUGUUGCUGCAGAUCGGAGAUACAGAUGUCAGGCACGCACCCCACCAACAUGUUGUACAGGUGCUGAAGGAGUGCCCGGCGCUGUCGGCGAGCACGCUGCGCGUGUGGCGGCGCGGGCCGGCCGCCCAGCGCGCGCCCCGCUCGCGCUCCGCCACCCGGCACCAGCCCGCCGCCACAAAUAACAACCAGCUAAUUAGAAGCAAGACUCCAACGGCAGAACAGCUGCGGUCACCAAACCUUCAUACUCAAGACUCGUUGAGAGACAGACUUAAUGGCAUGAAUUCUGAAGCGACAUACGCAGUGCCCGAACACAAAAACCGUGAAAGAGAAAGCCUUAUAGACCGUAGGCGCAGAAGCAGCACUCCAGGAGGUCGUCUCACCCUCCCUGUAGUCACUCCUUGGAACGAGCCUCAACCAGAAAACCAAUGGCAAGAACGAGAAACAUGGGUUGACAACUCUAACAUCAGAAACUGGGCUGAAAACGCUCAAAAGUGGGAUGAAAAUGGCCAAAAAUGGGACGAAAACGGACAAAAAUGGGAACAGAACGGACAAAAAUGGGAACAGAAUGGACAAAAAUGGGAUGAGAAUGGUCAAAAGUGGGUGGAGAACGGACAGAAGUGGGAGGAGAAUGGUCAGAAAUGGGUUGAGAAUGGACAGAAAUGGGAUGAGGGUGCAAAUGGGAAUCGGUGGGAGAAUAAUGAAAGGUGGGGGAAUGGAAAUUGGGGGGAGGUGCCAACUCCCACUGUUCAUGUAGAUAUGAAUGCUGCUUACUGGAGGGGGAAUGCCAGCGUGGCUGAUAGUAGCGACAAUGGAGGUUUCCCAGAAGAUGGUAUGCUGCAUUCGCCAACGACUGCAGCUAUCGGAGGCCUCACCAGACAGUCUCCGUCAACCAGCAGGAUACGGCCACUCUCUCCUUCUAACUCGACUGCGCCGUGGAAUCGCCCGGCGAGUUCAACUUUAGGCCGCUACCCCACUAGGCUUUUUACUAGCGUUGAUGUCAACACUGUGUUUACGCAGCGUCGACGCCGCUUUGUCGCAUGGCAAGCAUUAACGUCCGUGGGAUAA